CACGUAUCUAGAUACAUGCUUCAUGAUCUUCAUAUAUUGUUGAAAAUUGAGCAUCUCAAAGUGCUUGCCAUAUAUGAGGUUUCAUAUAGCUUAUCAUACAUAGUCACGAAAUUGUAUAUAAACGCUCGUUAUCAAAGAGGUCACUGUCAAUCAAGAAAGUAAGCUUGCUACACAUCGUACGUGUUAAUACAUCAACGACAUGUCUUACGGUGCAAUAAACGAAGGCAUUUUUGAUUACGCGAAGGAGAAAAAUGCUAUUAUCGUUGAUUUACGAAGUGACACGCUUACAAAACCAACCGCGGCAAUGAGGAAGGCUAUGUUUGAGGCCGAAGUGGGGGAUGACGUUUUUGAAGAAGACCCUACGGUAAAAGAAUUACAGAAAAAAGCAGCGGCGUUGCUUGGAAAAGAAGAUGCACUCUUUGUUAGUUCUGGUACUAUGGGAGUUAUAAUUGCUGUCAUGAAUCAUUGCAACGUACGCGGCAGUGAAGCUUACUGCGGAGACGAGUCGCACGUGUUUCUUCAUGAACAGGGUGCUGCCGCGCAGAUAGCUGGUGUGAGCCUUUGUACCUUGCCAAAUAAGGAGGACGGUACAUUUGAUCUGAAGAAACUGGACAGCGCGAUCCGCACGGAUCGCAUACAUGAACCGAUCUCCAAGUUGAUCCUCGUGGAGAAUACAAUUAACGGUAAAAUAAUACCCCAGUCGUGGGUCGAGGAGUUGAUGGUGGUGGCGAGGAAGCAUAAUCUCAGGACGCAUUUGGACGGGGCGCGAUUGUGGAAUGCCUCAGUCGCUUCGGGGAUCUCGGUGAAGGAAUUAGUCGCUCCAUUCGACUCGGUAUCUUUUUGCCUGAGCAAGGGAUUAGGCACUCCUAUAGGAUCCAUGCUCUGCGGAAGCAAGAGUUUCAUCGCUGACGCAAAGAGGAGACGCAAAGUACUUGGUGGCGCGAUGAGACAGGUCGGCGUAAUCGCCGCAGCCGGAAUCGUCGCUCUGGAAGAAACGGUACCGCGAUUAGCGGAGGAUCAUAAAAGAGCACUAGCGAUCGCACAGGCGAUUAAUCAAUUAAAUUCCAAAGUAUUUAGCGUAAACAUGAAAACCGUGCAAACCAAUAUGAUAUUCAUAAACGUGGAUGUCGACGGUGGAGUAUCCGCCGUGACGCUCAUGAAGAGACUCCAUCAAGUCGAUGAUUCUGAUAAAGAUGAUAAGAUUAUAAUCAGAUGCAUGGCUUUGUCGGAAACUCUAGUCAGAUUGGUACUUCAUUAUGACAUUGAUGAUUCGAUGGUAGAUGCUGCUAUACGUAAAUUAAAAUAUGUUAUCAAACUGUUGGAUCCUCAAGUACAGAAUUCUUCGUAAUUUCUAAAAAAAUGCCAAUUUAUUAAAUAAAGAGAAUUUCCCAUAAA